AUGCUCCGGAGAAUUCACGAAGGUCAUCAAGGGGCAGAGAAAUCUAAAGAACGGGCACGAGCAGUAAUGUACUGGCCGAACAUGAACAACGAGAUUGAGGAUUACGUCAGCAAGUGCACCACCUGUCUGCGAUUUAGGCGGUCGAAUACGGAAGAACCACUCAAGCAACACAAUCUGCCAGAGAGACCGUGGCAAAUGAUAGCUGCAGACAUUAUGACAUUCAAACGGCGAAAUUAUCUCAUAGUAUUGGACUACUACUCCAAGUACGUGGAGGUACCACUCCUACCUGAUAAAACAGCAAAAUCAGUCAUUGCGGCGCUAAAAUCUAUAUUUGCUCGACACGGUAUACCGGACAGACUCAUUUGUGACAACAUGCCAUUUGCCAGCCGUCGGGUACAUUUGUUUUCCAAAGAGUGGGGUUUCAAGAUAACCACCUCCAGCCCGGAGUAUCCCCAGUCCAAUGGUUUAACGGAAAGGAAUAUGCAGACCAUAAAGCAGCUCAUGCGUAAAUGUCACUACGAAGGGUCGGACCCAUAUUUAGCACUGCUAAAUUACCGGAGUACACCAAUACCUGAGUUAAAAGCGUCUCCAGCCCAACUUUUUAUGGGUCGCAACCUGAAAACAAGACUACCUACUGCGUCGGCACUGUUGCAACCAGGCAUUAUCACCAACAUCUCUAAGAAUCUAAGGGCACGACAACAUCCUCAAAAGUAUUACUACGAUAGACAAGAGCAGCCAAUCCGUGAGCUGGAAGCAGGAGAGGUAGUUCGUAUACAACACGACAAGCGGUGGGAACCCGCUGUGGUACCUCAGAAGCACACUGCACCCAGAUCAAACUUUGUCACUCAAAACGGGCGCAGCCUUAGAAGAAAUCGCCGACAUAUUCAUCCGACACUGAGAUCACCACUCAAUAAAAAUCAGGAACCAGCUUUGGACGAUUAUUUACCGAGAGUGAACACAAGCAGCCAAACUGACAAACCGAGACCUUGCGCAAUCGACGACAAGGAAAAACAACCAACCCUGGAAACCUAA